CACACGCCAAAAAAAAUUACUACAAAAAAAUCAUUUCAUUACAAAAAAAAAAAAAUCAAAAGUUUUGAGAAAAAAAAAAAACAAGGGAGAGACGAAGACCCGCCAUGGCAACUCGGAAGAGAGCUUCACAAAGCUCAACCACAGAGCCACCACAGCCAAAAGAGAACACACAGAAGAAAUCCACUUCAGAUGAGUUUCAAAUUUCACCACCCAAAUCAGCUGUAAUUCUCGUUCUUUCACUUUUCUUCUUUCUCCCUUACUUUUACCUGAUCUUCCAUCAUUACAAGAUCGAGCAAGAGUUGAAGAAUUCCAUUUUGAUCAAUGCGGCUCUUAGCCUUAUUGGGUAUUUCAUCACCGUUAAAUUGAUCCCUGUGGCUUCGAGAUACGUUUUGAGAGCUAAUCUCUUUGGUCGUGAUAUCAAUAAGAGGGGUACUCCUCAAGGCGAAGUUAAAGUGCCAGAGUCAUUGGGUGUUGUUGUUGGAACUGUGUUCUUGGUAUUGGCAGUCGCGUUUCAGUAUUUUUUCACCGUAGAUUCUAAUUGGGUGGUUGAGUACAAUGCAGCAUUAGCGUCCAUUUGUUUUAUGCUCUUUCUUGGAUUUCUCGAUGAUGUUCUCGAUCUACCUUGGAGGGUGAAACUAAUACUACCAUCAUUUGCUGCUCUUGUUCUGCUUAUGGCCUAUGCUGGACAUACAACUAUUGUUAUUCCGAAGCCUUUUAUUCCAUAUAUCGGUCUGGAGGUUAUGCAUCUAGGGUGGAUAUAUAAACUAUACAUGUUCCUUUUGGCGGUCUUUUGUACAAACUCGAUCAAUAUUCAUGCUGGUAUAAAUGGUCUUGAAGUCGGGCAGACAGUCGUCAUCUCAGCUGCUAUUGUGAUUCAUAAUAUCAUGCAAAUCGGGGCUUCUACAGAUUUUGACUAUAAGCAGGCUCAUGUAUUCUCUAUUUACCUUGUUCAACCGUUACUGGCAACCUCGUUGGGUUUGCUCGCUUACAACUGGUAUCCUUCUUCGGUUUUUGUUGGAGAUACUUAUACUUACUUUGCUGGAAUGACUAUGGCUGUAGCUGGGAUUUUAGGACAUUUCAGUGAGACGCUCCUAAUUUUCUUUCUUCCUCAAGUUGUGAACUUCCUCUUAUCACUUCCUCAGCUUGCCGGCUACAUUCCAUGCCCACGACACCGCUUGCCUCGGUAUGAUCCUAUAACCGAUAAACUAACUGGUACAAAAGACGGAACACUGGUUAACUUCUUUCUUAGAGUGUUCGGAAGCAUGUCAGAGAAGUCACUUUGCAUCUAUCUUCUUAUUCUCCAGGCGCUCGCAUGCUGCUUUUGCUUCUUCCUGAGAUACAUUCUCGCGGGUUGGUACAAAUAAGAGAGCUGAGAACAAAACCGAAAGCGAUUUUAUAUAUCUUCGAUUCAGGAAAACAGAACAAAGAAGCUUAACAAGCCAAGAUCAUUUGCUUAUUGGGUUGGUGUUUUCUUCUUUACACAAUUUCCUGGUUCAGAAAGUGGAGCUUAAUGCCAGGAAAAUAGAAAUGAUGAUUUUUUUUUAGAGGUUGAGAUUAUUUAAAAAUUUCAGAAGAAAUAUGAUACAUUGAGAUUUUAUUUUGACUAUUUAAGUUGAGAAAAGUUGAUGACCAUUUUACCAUUGUGGAAUCUAGGAGAGGAUAUGUCAAAACUUGAAAUCAAAAUCAAAUCUACCAUGUACUUUGUCUACUCUUAAGAACAAUGUAGUUAUGAAAUGAUUAUAUAGAUGAUUUUGCUUGUACCA